CUGAAAAGCAAUAUGGCGGCGCCCGUGAGAAUCCUCACCGCCUGCCGCACCGCAAUAUUGAAUGCAAAUGUCACUGUUUUCUCGCUUCGCUCACGAAAAUGUUCAGCUUUACCACACACAGAUGUUCAGAAGGAAUACUCGUCCAAAUGGGUUCGGCGGAAAUUCAUCGAUUUCUUCAAAGAACAGCACGGACAUCGGGUUGUACCGUCCUCGCCCGUGCGACCGCGGGGAGACCCGAGUCUGCUGUUUGUGAACGCUGGCAUGAACCAGUUCAAGCCUAUUCUGCUGGGUGCGGCCGACCCUCACAGCGAGAUGGCAUCCUACCGGCGCGUGGUCAACAGUCAGAAGUGCGUGCGCGCCGGAGGUAAACACAACGACCUGGAGGACGUCGGCAGAGAUGUGUACCACCACACUUUCUUCGAGAUGCUGGGGAAUUGGUCCUUCGGGGACUACUUCAAGGAGGAGGCGUGCAGUAUGGCGUGGCGUCUGCUCACUCAGGAGUACGGGAUCCCUCCGGAGAGGCUCUAUGUCUCGUACUUUGGUGGCGACGCAGCCUCCGGCCUCCCAGUAGACGAGGAGACGAGGGAGAUUUGGAGGAGCCUCGGGGUGCGAGGGGAGCGCCUCCUGCCAUUCGGCAUGUGCGAUAACUUCUGGGAGAUGGGUGAUGUGGGCCCCUGCGGCCCCUGCACCGAGAUCCACUACGACCACGUGGGCGGCCGAGAGGCAUCCGCACUGGUCAACGCAGACAGCCCAGAACUGGUGGAGAUCUGGAACCUGGUCUUCAUGCAGUACAAUAGGGAGCCUGACGGCAGUCUGCGUCCCCUCCCCCAGCAGAGUGUGGACACGGGGAUGGGUCUGGAGAGACUGGUCACCGUCCUGCAGGGGCAGCAGUCCAACUACCACACCGACCUGUUCUCCCCAAUACUGACCGCUAUACACCAGUGCUCCAGGGUGGCGGCGUAUAGAGGGCGUACGGGAGAGAUGGAUGAUGGGAAGGUGGACAUGCAUCGCAGUGGGUGGGUCACUCACUUGAGGACCUCUGUCUGCAUCACCGACGGCGUUUACCCUGGCAUGACCGGAGCAGAGCUUGUUCUGAGGCGUAUCCUGAGGCGAGCCGUGCGUUACUUCUCUGAGGUUCUUCAGGCUCCACAGGGUUCUCUGGCCAGUCUGGUGCCCACUGUUGCUCACAUACUGGGUGACGCUUAUCCAGAACUACACAAGGAGACUGAGAGGAUCAUGGACGUCAUCAACGAGAAUGAGGACCACUUCCUGUCCGCCCUCCGGCAGGGUCGACGGGUGAUUGACAGGACGCUGGGCAAGAUGGCCGCCCACGAGACAACAUUCCCAGCCCCUGUGGCCUGGUCUCUGCACCGUAACCUGGGCUUCCCUCUGGACCUGGUGCAGCUCAUGCUGGAGGAGAGAGGAAAAGGCCUGGACACACAACACCUGCAGCAGCUGGAGCAGCAGGAGAGGGAGCGCGCUCAGGUCCAGGCUCAGGCUGACGACUCUGUGGAGCUGAUUGACGUCCACAGUCUGGCGCAGCUGCAGAAGGAGGGGGUCCCCCACACCGACGACUCCCCCAAAUACCACUACAGCCUCCGCCACGACGGCAAAUAUGUCUUCCCAGCCUGCAGGGCGACGGUGUUGGCUCUGUACGGCGUUGCUCCUGGCGCUGCGGCCGCCGGGCUGCUGGACGCGGUGCACGAGGGUCAGAGCUGCCGUGUGCUGCUGGACCGCACCUGCUUCUACAGCCAGCAGGGGGGGCAAGAGCACGACCUGGGCUACAUGACCAAAGACGGCCUGCAGGAUGUGCUGUUUCCAGUGGAGGACGUGCAGUUGGUCGGGGGCUACGUGCUUCAUCAGAUCACCGCAACAGAGACGCUCAGGAAAGGAGAUCACGUCCAGCUGCACAUAGACGAGGCCCAGAGACUGGCCUGUAUGGUGAAACACACCGCCACACACGUGCUCAACUUCGCUCUGAGACAGCUCCUGGGAGGGGGCGUGGCCCAGAGGGGCUCUCAUGUAUCCGCCCACCGCCUGCGAUUUGACUUCAGUGUGAAGGCAUCUCUAAGUGUGUCUGAGCUGCAGCAGGUGGAGGAUCUCCUCCAGCAGAUCAUCCAAGAGGACCUGCAGGUGCACACACAGGAAGUGCCCCUGGCGCUGGCCAAUCAGAUCCCUGGCCUGAGGACAGUGGACGAGGUGUACCCCGACCCAGUGCGGGUGGUGUCUGUGGCGGUGUCCGUGUCUGACCUACUGGAGGGAACCUCACGCAGGCCCUCGUCUGUGGAGCUCUGCUGUGGAACGCAUUUGCUCCGGACCGGAGCCAUCCGGGAUCUCGUCAUCAUAUCGGAACGGCAGCUGGUGAAGGGCAUCAGCCGCAUCGUGGCUGUGACCGGGGACGACGCCAGGGAGGCCAGAGAAACAGGAAAUGUCCUGGAACAGGAAGUAGAGGCGUUGUCAGCGCGGGUUGCUGCGGCAACCUCACCAUCCCUCCAUGAUGCUCAGCGGUUGGCCAAAGACGUGGGUCAACUCACUGACGCAGUGGAAGGGACACCUAUACCUCAGUGGCAGAGGAGGGUCCUUCAGACACGGCUGAAGGCCUUACAGAGGAGCACCAACACCAGCAUCAGGAAGCAGGAGAUCAAAGAGGCGGGUCUUAAGGCUCAGGAGCUGCUGGAGAAGCAUGGCAGUCGGCCGUUGGUGGUGGGCACCAUGGACACGGACUCCAUAUCGGUGGUGGUGAAGACGGUGAACCGGUACAGUGAGCUCUCUCCCGGCUGCAUGGUUCUGCUGUUGGCUCCACAGGCCUCUUCUGGGAAGGUCCUCUGUGCCUGUCAGGUGCCCAAGGGCAGUAGCGUGCUGGCGAGCGACUGGGCGGUGGCCGUGUGUGGCCAUCUGGGGGGCAACGCGGGCGGCUCCGCUACCGUGGCCAAGGGCGUGGGCACUGCCAAGGCCGAGCACGUUAGCCGGGCACUGAGAUGGGCACAGCAGUAUGCAGAGGGAAGACAGGAGUCUGGAACACACACUUGAACACAGACUCCUGAACACACACACAGACGCCUGAACACACACUUGAACACAGACUCCUGAACACACACACAGACUCCUGAACACACACACAGACACCUGAAUACAGACACAGACUUCUGAAUACAGACACAGGAAAGUAAUGUCCUGGAUACACACACACACACACACACACACACACACACACACACUGUUGUGCAGCAUGAAGGAUAGAGAUGCACUGGUAUUCUAAGACCUCUGCUCUGGGCAAAUAUGAAUGCAACUCCAACAGUUAGAUGUUUAUAAAUAAAUAAUUUGUACAUUAUGAUAUUUUUUUUUAGAACCUGUUAGCAACUCUUUGAGCAUAUCAUCCAGGCAGUUUGCUGCAAUGAAGUGUAUGGCUGGUAUUUCUUUGUUUUAAAAGAAAUAAAGAUGUGUGU